GUGUCAGAGGUGGCCGAGGUCGGUGCAGGGUGUCAGGUUCGUCUGUUGUCUCGAAGGGUUCUGUGUUUGUAGUGUGGACGAUUUCUUCAGGUGACACGAGAAAUGGAAACCCCUGAUACAAGCCCCGAAAAAGAGAAGACUUCCUCCAGUAAUGCAGCCGAAUCAGACUCUACCGCGGUCGUAGGGCUCCCACCAACCGACCCCUGCGAUGAGCAAGAAGAGAUUCUCCUCCAGGAUGAAACCAUUGACCUUGAUGAAGACCCCUUUGAAUCUGAGGAAAAUGUCACCCUCUCCGAAGACGUGGGCAACUUGCUAGACAAAAUAAAUGAGCAAAUGAUGGAAAGUGUCCUCAUCUCCGACUCUCCCAACAUCAGUGAAGAUGACGCCGGAGAUGUCGCCUGCUUACAAGACAGUGUGGACGAAAUAGAGAGCAGCGAUACUUUAGGACUCGAACAAGUCACCAAUAAAGAGUACGAAGAAGAGUCAGACAGUAGGAACAGUACGGAGCGUGACAUCAGUCCUGAAGCCUCCGGCGAAGAGACGUUGAUUAUAACCAAUGACUUUUUCCAGCAACAGGAUUUACCGGUGGUAGAAAAAGAAAAGGUGGAGGUAAAGCUGCAAUCCAAAGGAGAACACGAGGAAGAACUAGUUACUCCAGUGAGCAGGUCCUUUCUAGCAGAAGAGACCAUUCCAGUCUGCACCAUCUUCAGCCAGUCCAGUUCCCAGCAGUCGUUUUUAGUCAACGAUGGCUUUGAACCUCAGCUGGUCAAAUCGCCCAGUUUUGGAGCAGAGAUUAGAAGUGCUGUUAAAGCUCAGACACAAGUCGUCCAGCCCAGCCCGAGCCUGAGCAACUUCUUCUCAGAUAACGGCAAUAACAAUUCUUCAGCAACAGACUUUUUCGAUUCCUUCACCACUUCAUCCACCUUUAUCUCUGUCAGUAACCCAAAUGCAGCCCCAGGUGCCCCUGAACGGAGCCCAGCUCCUAUAACUCCGGACACCAGCCCCUCCCAGGACCCUGUCGGCUUCUUUGUGGGGAACAAUUCCCUUGAUUCAAGUGGGUCGUCGGCUUUAGUGGAAGUGCCCCAGUCCCCUAAGCCGUUCUCGCAGAUCCAUGGUGUGUUUUCCGGAAGUGAUGACCCCUUUGCCACUGCUCUUAACAUGAGUGAGAUGGACAGGAGAAACGAUGCUUGGCUGCCCUCGGAGGAGACGAGGAACAUACUUAUUUCUGUAGCUACUCAGCAGUACAACCCUGUGUUCAUCGAUAAGGAGAAACUGACUAUGCCAGGCUUGAAAUUUGAUAACAUUCAGGGGGAUGCGGUGAGGGAACUUAUGCUGCGCUUCCUGGGUGAACAAGCCGCCAUGAAAAGACAGGUCUUCACCUCCAACUCGGUAGAACAGACCUUCCUGGGACUGAAACAGCUUCUUAAUAGUAAGAAUUGGCGGGCGGCAGUUGACCUGAGUGGGAGGCUUCUGAAUGCCCACGGGCAAGGGUAUGGCAAGAGCGGUCAGCCAACCAACCACACCACCGACUCGCUGCAGCUUUGGUUUCUCCGGUUGUCCUUAUUGGUGAAGCUUGGACUUUUUCAAAAUGCAGAGAUGGAGUUUGAACCAUUUAAAAACCUCGACCAGCCAGAUCUUUACUAUGAAUAUUACCCUCACAUUUAUCCGGGCCGCAGAGGCUCCAUGGUUCCUUUCUCAAUGAGGAUUUUACAUGCAGAGCUGCGCCAGUACCUUGGGUGUCCUCAGGAGACUCUUGACCGACUGCACAGUAUGAAGACCAUUUGUUUAAAGAUUUUAGACAAUUUAGAAAAAGGUUUUGCAGAAGAUGGAAGCAUGAUCACAUUGACCAGCAGUAACCGUCAGGCCUCUGUUCAGCUGUGGAGGUCACGUCUGGGCCGGGUGAUGUACUCCAUGGCAAACUGUCUGCUAAUGAUGAAGGACUACGUUCUCGCUGUCGAUGCCUAUCACACCGUCAUCCAGUAUUAUCCCGAGCAGGAGCCGCAGUUGCUGAGCGGCAUCGGGAGGAUUUUUCUUCAGGUUGGAGACAUAAAAACUGCUGAGAAGUAUUUUCAAGAUGUAGAGAACGUGAUCCAGAAUCUCGUAAAUAAAGAUGAAACGCACAAUAAGAUUAUUAUUCUGAUGAACAGAGCUUUUCUACAUCUGGGUCAGAAUAACUUUUCAGAAGCUCAUAAAUUCUUCACAGAGGUUCUGAAGUUGGACCCCACAAAUACCGUGGCAAAUAACAAUGCAGCCGUCUGUCUGCUUUAUUUGGGCAAAUUAAAGGAUUCCCUCAGGCAUCUGGAAGGAUUGGUUCAGCAGGACCCCAAACACUAUCUCCACGAGAGUGUUCUCUUCAAUUUGACAACUAUGUAUGAGCUGGAGUCCUCCCGCAGUAUGCAGAAGAAGCAAGCUCUGCUGGAGGCGGUAGCUGUCAAGGAAGGUGACAGCUUUAACACUCAGUGUCUGAAGCUGCUAUAAUUCCUUUACUGCUACAUCUCCUCACAGUGCGAAGAGACUGCAAAAUAAUUCCGUGUACAUAUUUCAGCUUGAAAAUGUAAAUGUUAUUCUGAGGUUAAAUACUAGAAUGUAAAUGAACGUUCAGAUUUUCUUCUACACUCUGAAUCUUCUCAAUAAACAUUGCACCAUGUCGUCUUUG